CUGUCAUUCGUUUAUACAAAGAAGCCACUCAAUCCCUCCUCAUCAUUUCCAGCAAAUCAUAGUUUGCAACUGUCGGAUUCCCCCUUCUAAAUUUCAACUAAUUUCUCCCUUUCUUUUCCCAAUUUCAGUUACUCCAAGCUCCUACAAAACUCAGCGCACAGAUUUAUUACAUUGUAGUCGAUUCACAUGGUGUGCUUGUGUUUGUCAAGCGAAGACAUGCACCUGAUUGUUUAAUAGGCGUUAUGGCGUAUCACCAGUACAGAUCACCUUUCGGGGAUACAACGUUUACCAAAGUGUUUGUUGGCGGACUUGCUUGGGAGACGCCAACACAUGUACUGCAGGAGUAUUUUGAGCAAUUCGGAGAAAUUCUUGAGGCUGUUAUCAUUGCGGAUAAAAAUACAGGAAAAUCUAAAGGCUAUGGAUUUGUGACUUUCCGCGAUGCUGAGUCAGCUAGGAGAUCUUGUGCAGAACCGAACCCUGUGAUUGAUGGGAGAAAAGCAAAUUGUAACAUUGCUUCUUUUGGCCGGCCUAGACCUUCACCGCCUCGAGGAAGAACACAAAGUGGAUCAUCAUCAUCAUCAACCUAUAGUGGAGUUCCGGGAGUGGCAUUAGCUCCGCCAGUAGCCCCACCACCACCUGUCAUUUAUCCACCGUAUGGGUACGUACCCUACCCGUCUGAUUACGGCUACCACCAAGGCAUGUACAAUCCACAAGUUCAGCAGCAGCAGCAGGCACAAUAUUAUCAACAGGCAUAUGGAGUAGGAGUGUCAUCCCCAUCAGCAAUAAGCUCGCCAUAUUAUUAUGGAUACCCGAUGCAGGCUACAAGGGGAACAUUUUAUUCCGGUCCUCAGAGAAUACCCCCACCACAGUCUUAUCCUUAUUAUCAUCAUCUUACACAAAUGCAGCACCAGCAGCAACAAGAAAUGUUCUCUUUUCCUGGCUAUCCUCCGCCCCCGAGGCAUUCCUUCCCCCCUCCUAAUCCAGAUCCAAGGACUCCGCAACAGACCUCAACCGAUCAAACAGAAGCUGGUGCAGAAGUCGUUACUUCGGAGAGUCCAAAUACAUGAUCAUUGCCAGUGAAGAAGCUACCAUUGCUAAUCCACAUUCUUGACAAAUCAAUUUUUCUUCAACAUUGAUUUUUUUUUUCCCUGAUCUAAAAUUGAUGUCGCCUGUUACUCUUUAUGAUAUUAAGUAAGCUAUGACCAGUAAAAAAGUCUUUCUACUC